CAAGAAGACCUCUUCUUCUUCCUCCAUAUCUCCAUUCCAAUCCCAGCCGGCCGGCUGCUAUCUCUCUCUCACCUAAACCUGCUUUGCUUCUGAUAUUGUUUUCUAUCUCCAGGCCUCUGUGGCGUGCUAGCUUGGCCUUGCUUUCUGAUGAGUAGGAGUAGUAGCUAUAGCUUCUUCCCUCGUACCAUUUUCGCUGUUGGCCUUUAUUGCAGCAGCUGCUCAUGCUGAGCCGAACCUGCCAAUCUGCAGUGUCGUGCCUCGCAUAGCUCAAGUGGCCAGCUACAGAUACAUCCGCUGAUAAUUGAGCUCCGUCCACCCAACUUCCCCUUCCUUCCUUUAAACUCCCCUGUCCUUCCUCGUCCUCUUCGAUCUCAGCUCAUGUGCCACCUCCUCUCGCUCUCGAUCUGAUCCAAGAAAGAACGCAGAGCAAGAAAGUAUAACUAUUCCUGAAGAUUCCUCUUCGCAUGUUGAAGUGUACAACACUGCCACAACAACUGAGGAUAUGAGCUGGUGUUGUAUUCCAAAAUCCAAAAAAGGAGAGAAUCCUUACUCCCAUGGCGUUAGUGGUAUCCCGACUGAGAAAAACAUAAGGCUUUUCUCUUAUUCUGAGUUGAGAUCAGCAACAGAAAACUUCAGCCGGGGCAAUAAAAUUGGUCGGGGGGGAUUUGGGACAGUAUAUAAGGGAACCAUUAGAAACGGGCGAGAUGUUGCAGUGAAAGUUCUUUCUGCUGAAUCCAGGCAGGGCAUUCGAGAAUUUUUGACAGAAAUUGAUGUUAUUACGAACGUGAAGCAUCCCAACCUUGUUGAAUUAAUUGGCUGUUGUGUUGAAGCAAAUAAUCGAAUUUUGGUGUACGAGUACUUAGAAAACAGCAGCCUUGACCGUGCGCUGCUGGGUUCAAACAGCGAACCUGCCAAUUUUACGUGGAGCGUAAGAUCUGCUAUAUGCAUUGGCAUUGCCAAAGGACUUGCAUACCUGCAUGAAGAAAUUGCAUCCCCGAUUGUGCACAGAGAUAUCAAGGCUAGCAAUAUACUUCUUGACAAGCUUUACAACCCAAAGAUUGGGGACUUCGGUUUGGCCAAGUUAUUCCCUGAUAAUAUCACACACAUCAGUACCCGUGUUGCUGGAACGACAGGUUACCUUGCACCCGAAUAUGCAUGGCAUGGCCAAUUGACGAAGAGAGCAGAUAUCUACAGCUUUGGCGUCCUCGUACUUGAGAUCAUAAGCGGCAAGAGUAGUUCAAGGAGUCUCCUGGCUGACGAUAAGAUUCUCCUAGAGAAGGCAUGGGAGCUACAUGAAGCAGGGAAGCUCAAGGAACUGGUAGAUCCAGAAAUGGGAGAUUACCCUGAAGAGGAGGUCCUCCGGUACACCAAGACCGCCCUCUUCUGCACACAGGCGGCGGCGGCGCGGCGGCCAUCCAUGCCGCAGGUGGUGACGAUGCUGUCCAAGCCCAUCCGGAUCAACGAGCGCGAGAUGACGGCGCCGGGGUACAUCCACGACUACAAGAGCACGGUCUCCAAGGCGACGAGCUCCAGCAACUCGAGGUUCAAGCACUCCACGUCGGAGACCUCCGACAUGUUCAGCACGGUGGUGCCGCCGACGGUGUCCGAGAUGAGCCCAAGGUGAAAGAAACCUCACCAGGGCUCAUCAAUGGCUGUCCAUGUUCCUCGUUACCUUUUCUUUCAUUUCCUUGUGCAAAUGCGGCAUCUAGAUCUUGUAAAUAGUAGGCUGAUCCUGACUGA